UAUAGCAUAGUAGUGUCAAAAAAACAUCAUAUCGUCAAAUGUCUCUCUCAGAAGUCUCAUCCUCUCCAUUGAGAAUUCAGAUGGUUUCAAAGUCUGUCUCAGAAAAACUUCUCUCCAAAUUCUCAGAUGUUUCGGAAUUCGACUUUGAUUACUCGCAGAGCGGUCUGUGGUCUCCUCCCAUCCAAAGAAGUGUGUUCUUGAGCUCUCCAGGGAAGAUUCUCUCUCAUUCAGAAAUGGCUGCCAAGUUAACCAAAGUCUUGAAGAGACAUCAGAGAAGAAGACGACAUUGUUUCCAUGGGGUUUUGGAAGCAUGUUUGUGUUCUCCGAAGAGAUUUCAGGGAGGCAGAAGCUAGCAUUAUUGGAGGAAAGAAUCAAACUUUUUUUUUUUUUUUGUCUUUUUAAUAGAAAUGCAGACAAAUAGUAUAGCUGCUGACCUGCAUAUUCUUUUGAUUUUUAUUUUAAUAUAAUUAAUAUUUUUCUUGAAUGCAACUUUUGCAGUAGCUUUUUUUAAUGUGUAUAUAUAUAUCAGUGAUCAAAUAAAUAAAUACGUAGUAAUAUUAAGAAAUGCAAACGCUGGGCUUGGGAUGAGGGGUGGGGUUGGCCGGUUGGGGGUGGAGAACAUGAUGAUUGAUGAUGAUAAUGUACAACUGUUCCGUUGGGAACUUUUUAAAAUCCAAGAAUUGAAUCUGCAUCUGAGAUGU